UACUAAGCAGGUUGUGGCAUUCACAAAAGCCCCGGACUACAGUCAAGUCUGAACGUUUAUCACUGGCAUAGCCUCAUAGGUUAUGUUGCCAAGCAUAAAUUCGGUGGAGACAUAUCAUUUUGAUAGACGAUGUAAAGCUAAGCUUUCCGGGCAAUUCAGUAGGGAAUGUUUAACGGAGGAAGAUGGGAAACGCAAAGUUUGUCUACCGAACGAGGCAAUUAUAAAGAACUGAUCUGUGGUUUCGGAUCUGUUCGUUGAGGGCCAUGGCGCAAAAGGUCGGACGUAAUGCUCGCAUGGAGUCGCAGGGUGGUCAGAAUGCGGGGCCUGGGAUCUCUCUGGGAAACCCUGGUGAGGAACGCCGAUUAGCUGCCACCCUUAAGAAGAUCGACAAAGAGAAGAGGAAACGGGAAACGGCGAUGUCAUGGAACCAGCGAAGUUUCUUCAUGAAGCAGGUGUUUGAUCAGGACAACGAGCUCCGUUUUGUGAAAGCCGCGCAGAGACCAAAGUACCUCAACCACAUUCCCCCACCGCCUCAGGAGGGGGAUAACAGCUGGUUGAAAGAGGAAUACGUGUUUUCUUUUAAGACCAAGUCGAGUAAGAGCCCCGAGAGCAAGGACCUCAUGCAAGUGAAACUCGAAGAAGGGUCUCCUGAAGAAUCGUCAAAGGCAUUCGUGGUUGAUGAAGGUGCUUCAUCUGCAGAUCUACAGCAGCAGGACGAAUCUAAACCUGAUGGUCAGGAAGCGGCUGGCGGAGCGACUAAAGAAAGCGGACAAGCUGAAUGUGAUAAGAAAGAGGAAGAGAAACGGGACCUUGCAAGUAGGGGAGCUUUCGGAGCGAGGCGAGAAAAGAAAAUAAUGCCACCUUUGAUGUCAGGGGCUUGGAAACAAAAACUAGAACCUGAGGUAAAAGCUGAGGAAGUUGUGGAAGAAAAGGUUGACGACUGUAAGAUAACUGCUGAAUCUGAGCCAGAAGCAAAUAAGGAGACUACGGAAGAAGCAGAUCCUCUAAAUAAGCCAAAAUCAAGCUCUGGUGAUAAUGGAGAAGCGGCAAAACCUAAAAAGAAGUUCCCAGUAAUGAAAGUAAGAGCACUUGGACUAUUUGCCAUGACAUUCAAGAAAAGUGUUCCGGUUCCCCCACUUCAAUCUCAAUCGCCAUCGCAGUCUCAGUUAACAAAUGACUUGAAACUAUCAUCGAGUUCGAACGCUGAUAGAGAUGCAUCACUCUUGUCCUCGUCUUUACCACCCCAGACCGCGCCAAAUAUGACGGUAAACGCAUGGUCAACGCCUCCGACCGCACCAUCUGCCUCGGAAAUACACAGACCAGGAAGCGUAAGCCUUCCCAACUCACCUAAAACUGACCGAAAACUGCAGUUACUUCGGCAGCAGAGUGACCAUGCCAUACGGGAGAGGUCAACCAAAAGUGAUAGGUUAAAACGAGCGUUGCAUACAAGCGAAAGCGGUCACGGCAGGUCAAGACGAGAUUCACGCCGCGACAGCACCGCGAAAUCAAACCAGGAACGCUCAAGGCAGCAACCGCAGGGAAGUGGCACCAAAGCGGUUAGAUCCGCCAGCUCUACCUUGCAAAAGAGCAAACGUGAAGGUACCGCGAAAACACACCUACCCUCAAGCUUACCGAAGGCGGACAGCAAUCACAUUUGGGGUGUGAGCAGCGAAAACGAAAACCAAGAUAAGGACGUUAACGGCAAUGUACAAAGCGGCAGUGACGUCAAAGAUGCGGAAGAUGUCGACUUCCACGUGAUCCGUCGUAUCGUAAGGACGCUUCCCGCACACUUAAUGUUGAAAACGUCGAAAAGAGAAGUUGAAGCCGGCGGCGACGUCGCACUCUUGCGUCAAAAGAUGAAGGAUCUCGCGCGCGCAGACACGACGCGGAGGGCGUCUCUGGAUCCGAGAUUCAUGAAGCUUGAGAAAUCCCUCUGUAACAGCCCGUGACAAUAUCUGUUUUUAAGUAAAAUGAUGCAACACGUUCUGUACGAUUUAUAAUAAGUUAGCAUAGAUUGUAGUUACUUUAUUGAUUGUACUUUAUUUUUAUUUUUGUGAAUAGUCCACGGAAUGACGUCACACGACCAAGCCUCCUUAUGGUAUUGUAUACGAAAUUCUCUCAGAAAAACUUGAAUCUCGUAACUUCAUUUCAUUAUUUCUCCUUCCCCUUAUGUUUUUUAACAAUGAACUUGAAACAAAUGCGAAGAACUAAAAAUAAAAUUCCCAACGAUACCUAAUUCAAUGCGAAUGGAUAUCACCUUUAAUAAAUACAUUUACCACAUGGGGAUUAUAUAACGUUUAAAUAAAAAAUAAUAUUUUAACUCCAAAGUCUUUGCGAGCACCUUACUCGUUCUUUGUGAAUACAUUCCAUUGUUGUUUGAUUUGCAUUACUGAUCAACUUACUUGCCAUAAAAAAAAAUAUAUUGGAUGAAAACUAAUUUUAUUCAUACUCUUUUCACCUUGAAUUACACAGAAUGUUGAAUAAAGGAGGGCAUGCAUGCAUGAUUGUAAUUAUCGGUA